AUGCCAGUUGUAGAAGAAGUUGAAUUAGUACAACCAGCUUUAGAAGAAGAAUCUCCGAUUGUAGAAGUUGGUAAUGCUAUUCCUGAAGCAUCAACUUUACCACCUCUUUUAAUUGAAGAUAUCGUGCCAGUGGUUGAAAAUGUCGAAGUAUUAGAACCAGUAAUACUAGAGGAAGCUAUAGAUGUUGAAAUGUUGGAACCAGUAAUAUUAGAGGAAAUUGUUAGUGGUUCUCCCGAAAUACUAACUUUACCAACAAUCGAGGAACUCUUGCCAUGCGAAGAAGUUGAACUAGUAGAACCGGUAAUGUUAGAAGAACCUUCAGAUGUCUGGUCUUUGAUCGCAGAGGUAGAUGAAAUAAGUCUGGAAUCAUUCACUAUACCGUCUCCACUAAUUGAAGAUAUUGAACAAGUAGAACCAAUACCAUUAGAGGAAACUGUAAGGGCAUUAUCUGCAACUACAGAAAUCACGGAAAUUCCGAAUGCACCGACUUUACCAUCCCUAUCAAUAGAAGAUAUUGCGCCAGCUGUUGAAGAAGUGGAAAUAGUGGAACAAGAAAUAUUACAGAAAACUGUUGGUGUUAUUCCCGAAACCACAAAUUUAACAGCAGUUGAAAAGCCUGCGGCAUGCGAAGAAAUGGAGCUAGUAAAACCAGUGAUAUUAGAGGAACCUGUAGGUGUUUUAUCUCCAAUUACAAAAAUCGAUCCAAUCACUCCCGACGCACCGACUUUAUCACCGAUAUCAAAAGAAAAUGUCGCUCUUCUUAUUAAAGACAUUCUAUUACAAAAACCAGACAUGUUGGAAGAGCUUAUAAAAAUGUUUCCAGAGUUUGAUAGAGCCAUGACAGAAGCAUCAACUUUGACAUCUCUAUACAUUGAAGAAAUUGAUUCAAAAGACCCUAUUGUGUUAAAAGACUAUACAGAUGCGUUUGCGUCAGAUCCAGAAACUAUUAUACUUGAUGAACAUAUCCCAGUUGGGGAAGAAAUAUUAAUCGAUCCAUGUACGGGUAUGAAAGAACCAGCAUAUUAUAUGUCAAAAAACUCAGAAAGUUUCAUCAUCCCUGGAGCCCCCAAGAUCUCCUUUAGUGAAGCGCCUUGUGUUCUUGUGGAAAAUACAUAUAUAGAGUACAUUGAUUCUCCUAAGCCAACAAUUAUAACAGAACCAGUUCUCGAAUCAGACAAGGCAGAAUAUUUUAUACCAGAACAGUUUCCUUUAAUUAAUAGUGAAGAAGGCAAUAAAGAUGUCAUCAUGGGUGACUCUGGAUUAAUGUUACCUAACCAGGAAAGAACAAGACUAGAACUCAACAAAGAACCAAGUGUUGCAAAUUCAACUGCUUUGGACAAGGUUUCUCAAGAUAAUUCUUACCACGUAA